GCGGGGCCGGCCGACCUUCCUCCUUCCUUUUCUCCCGGCGAGGGAAGGCGGGGGGGGCGGGGGGUGCCGGCGAGGCCCGCCCGGUUCCCGUGGCAACGCGGGGCGCAGGCGGCCGGGCGGCGGCCGCCAUGGGCAGCUGGGCCGCGGCGACGACAUGGCGGCUUGGUGGCUGCAGCGGGCGCGGCGGCCUCCGAGGCGUAAUACCGCGGCGGCGGGGCAGCUCCCGCCCCGGCGGUGGGGACCAGGCGGCGACCCUGAGCGACCUCCUGCAGAGCUCGGUGGGGGACGAGGAGCCGGGCGCGGCGGCGGCGGCGGAGGCGGAGAGGCGGGAGCAGCGGUCGCCCCGGGAGGGCACGGUGCUGCUUUUCCCCGGGCAGGGCAGCCAGUUCGUGGGGAUGGGCCGCGGGCUGCUGCGGUACCCCGGCGUGCGGGACAUGUACCGCCUGGCCGAGAAGGUGCUGGGCUACGACCUCCUCUCCCUCUGCCUGGAGGGGCCGCGGGCCGAGCUGGACCGCACCCGGCACUGCCAGCCCGCCGUGUUCGUCGCCUCCCUGGCCGCCGUGGAGAAGCUCAACCACCAGCGGCCUGAAGUGGUGGAGAGCUGCGUGGCGGCGGCCGGGUACAGCGUGGGGGAGUUCGCGGCGCUCGUCUUCGCUGGAGCCCUGGGCUUUGCCGAAGCGCUGUACGCGGUGAAGGUGCGCGCCGAAGCCAUGCAAAAGGCGUCAGAAGCUGUCCCCAGUGGAAUGCUGUCGGUUAUCGGCCGGCGAGAGGCAAAUUACAAGUUUGCCUGCUUGGAAGCCCGUAAACACUGCGAAUCGCUGGGUAUAGAAAACCCCGUAUGCGAAAUCUCAAACUAUUUGUUUCCAGACAGCAGAGUCAUUGCAGGACACCUACAGGCUUUGGAGUUUUUGCAGAAGAAUGCCCGAAAAUACUACUUUACACGUACAAGUAUGCUUCCAGUCAGUGGGGCUUUUCAUACCAGGCUUAUGGAACCAGCAGUAGAGCCGUUGGCUGAAGUCCUAAAAUCGAUUGAGAUUCAGAAACCACUGGUCUGUGUCUAUUCCAAUGUUGAUGGCAAAAAGUACAUGCACGCAAAGCACAUUGAGAAGCUGUUAGUGAAGCAGGUGGUUUCACCUGUUCUGUGGGAACAGACCAUGCAUUCUGUAUAUGAAAGAAAGCAAGGAACGGAAUUUCCUUACACGUAUGAAAUGGGGCCCGGAAAGCAACUAGGAGCUGUUCUCAAAAAAUGUAAUUUGAAGGCCUGGAAACAAUAUAACCAUGUAGAUGCUCUGGAAGAUGAGGAAGCAGCAGAGACCUAAGUAGUCUUUUGAGAAAAAUCCACGCAACUUGAUUUUUUCUGACUAUUUAAAAAUAACUUUGUGCUCCCAAAAGAGGAAGUUUUAAACAUUUAUGGCUUCUCAUGAGAGGAGCACCGUGUGUGAAAUCGAAGUGGAUGUUUUCCUUCCCCAUGUGCCUCAGGUUGUGGAAGGGGAGAGCAAAGUCUGGCUCUUCCAUCUGUGUCGGGACUGCAAAACUGCCAAUAAAUACACCAAAUAGCCUUCUGUUUGGCCUCAAUCCUGCAAGCAACUUCCCCACUCUUCUUUUUUUUUUCCUUUUUUAAUAUUUUUGGGGAGGGGGGCGGUGUGGAUUCAAGUCAAAAUCAGUAGCUUUGGCUGCCUGGUGCAGGAUCUUCUGCACGGAUACAGGGGUGCAACUGGGCUGUUGGCUCCGGAUGGUGGAGGGCUCUGUGCUGGGCUCGAGGGUGCAUUUAGAGGAUCCAUUCAGUUUGGUACGGCUUUCGGUACGUUGAUGUUCGUGUUUUCUAACUCGACUGACUUGUGGGAUGUUCAUCUGUGUAAAAUUCUUUUAAUUUGUGUCCGUAUUGCCAGGUAGCAGCCGGGUAAGGCAGAAGGUGUUAUCAGGAACAUGAUUUUCUUAAGGUUAAACUAUAAAUAAACUAUAAUGCUUU